CGAAAUGAAAGCAGUCCAGAGAGUCUCCUCUGAUGUUCGCUCGUGCCUUUUCGAUCCGUCACCCGUCUCGGGCGUUGUGCCACGCACGCAUGCUCUUUCACCUGUAUCGAGUCAACCGCCCCUCGUUUUCUGCCCAGCCUAGCAGCGCGCCAGUUCACGCGAGAUCAGGGAGGCCGUAUCAAAUGCCGCUAGCCGCCGCUAAGCCGCUUGGUGAGAUACACGAGGUCUCGAUUGAACGAUUUCCCACGUGCGGCCGGCUCGAGGCUGGGGCACCAAUAUCCCUGUCCGUUGGUCGCUCCCUUGCUCCUGUGGAUCAAGUCCAUGACUUUUAGCCUUUCUCCGCCGCGAAUCCAUCCUGGGAGAGUUGCACGCACGUCCAGGCCGGUCGCCUGCCGCUUUGUCGUUUCGCCGUAAAGCCAAUUGCGCUUUCUUU